AUGAGCGAGCCAUUCUCCCGUCAAACGUGGCUGCUGCGCCAGCUGGGUGUUGGAGGAGGGAUCAAGAAGAGAUUGCAGUUCUACGUUGCGCAAGGUUUGGUAUGGAUAAGCGCAGGAACCCUGGUGCCGUCUAUAGUCGCGCCAAAGGGUCCCGCAGCUGCCUGCUUGGCCCUGGCCGCAGCUUUAGUCUCCAUGGGUGCUGGUUUCAAACUUAGUCAAGUCCGAAGGCACUCCAUUCUCCUCAAAGAUCUAUUGUCACAAAUCGGGGUCCUUCCAGGAUCUACUGGGCUUUUGAGACGCGUAGGCAAGGUGAGUAAAAUAUAUGUCUUGUUCUUACUGGUUAUUCUUUCUGCUUGGAUGGCUUACCCAUGGAUCUCGGGUGACUUAAGAUUGCUACUACCUUACUGGACACCAUUUGAAACUGAUACAUUCAUAAAAUUUUCAAUUGUAUACUUCUUUGCAUCAAUAAGCCUUCUGGCAGUAGCUUAUACGCAGGAAGCUGUGGAUACUAUUGUAUUGCUCAUCGCAGCAUAUAUUUGCAGGUGA